UCGACCUUCCACCACCUAUUUGCAACCGUUCAUCCAACAUACUCUCUUGCUUCACAUCCAACCAGCUACAAACUAUUCGCGUUGGUCUUUGACCACGAAUCACAAAUCUCCGGGGGAUUAAAAAACCGGCUCUCAUCUCGUCGUCGUCGGGCUCCUCUCAUAUAUAUAUAUACAUAUAUAUAUAUACCCAAAGAUUAUAUAAUAAUCUCAUCGCCAUCGCGCGGACUUUUGACGAAUCGACUGGAAAAGAUUUAUAUCCCCUAUUAUAUAUUUAUUUUGGAAUCCACGAUUCAAAGAUGUUCAUCAUCUUGUACGGAUGCGGACGGUAAAACCGUCCAUUGACCGAGUUUCGUUUUUAAAAAAAAUUAUGUGUCGGAAAUAAUAAUAUGAAAAUGAUAAAAAUUAUUUUGCCAAAAUUUCUCAUAUGAUGUGUGUGUAUAUGAUUCACAAAUGAAAUUUUGUUUUUCUACAUAUAGAGAUGAUGAGACAAAGGAAGACAAUGAUUUUAAAAGUGUUUUUGUUUUCUUCGUAUAGAAUGUAUUGCAUUCUGAUAAAUCGAGUGUCAAGAAUGGAACAUUACAAGUCUUGUAUAUCUUGAGUGAAAGUUUAUUAAAAUAGUAUUUCUAUAAAGAUUAUAUAUAAUUUAAAAAAAGACAAGAGAGACGUUAAAUUUUCAGUGUUGUGCUGGAGAACUUUUUGAUAAUUGCAAAAUUGGAGAAGUUUUAACACAAUUCGUUGAUAAUCAACAAUGCAACCAUUUUCAACGAGCAGCACAAUGUCAACAGAUCCACCAACAAGUUUACCACCAGAACGUGGACCAUCGCCAACGCCAUGUCGAAAUUUAACAUUCUCCAUUGCCAAAAUUAUGGAACCCGACAAGCGUCUAAUCGAGUGCAAUAAUCAAUCUCAACAAAAUACAACCGCAGUAACGAUACUUCAACAAUCGCAAAAUAUUUCCCCUCUCACCUAUUCAGCGCAUUUGGAAUCAGCAUUUAAAAAAUAUGUUCCCACAUUAAGACAUCAAAGUCUACUUCAACACUAUCCAUUACUUUACUAUCAUCCAAGUCCCCUGUUACGUGCAUUUCCAAGUCCUGGACCAACAACACCAACAACAUCAUCAACAACAACACAAAAUUCACCACCACCAUCUUCAUUUCAAGAAUCCUCACGAUUAAAUCACGAUGUUCAACGUGUCAAAAAAAGACCCCAUUCACCAUCGUCACCUACAUUUCAAGAAUCAUCACGUCUUUUAGUGACUGUAAAUCAUGAUGGUCAACGUGGGAAAAAACGAUCUCAUUCACCGCCAACGUCACGCGAAACAUUAUCAAAACAAAAAACCUUCACUUGUCACGAAUGCGGUAAAGUAUUCAAUGCUCACUACAAUCUUACACGACACAUGCCAGUUCACACAGGUGCAAGGCCAUUCGUUUGCAAGAUUUGUGGCAAGGGUUUUCGUCAGGCCAGCACUCUAUGUCGUCACAAGAUCAUUCACACCGCUGAGAAACCUCAUAAAUGUCAAACAUGUGGAAAAGCCUUUAAUCGUAGUUCAACACUCAAUACACAUACGCGAAUUCACGCCAAUUAUAAACCAUUUGUUUGUGAAUUUUGUGGUAAGGGUUUUCAUCAAAAAGGCAAUUAUAAAAAUCACAAAUUAACUCAUAGCGGUGAAAAAGCCUAUAAAUGUAGUAUUUGCAAUAAGGCAUUUCAUCAGGUUUACAAUUUAACAUUUCACAUGCAUACACACAAUGAUAAAAAGCCAUUUUCAUGUAAAAUUUGUGGCAAGGGUUUCUGUCGUAAUUUUGAUCUCAAAAAACAUAUGAGAAAAUUACAUGACGCUGGUUCACCAGUUAUGAGUGGUUUAGGUACAUCAUCGUCACAAAAUCAUCAUCAUCAUCAUCAUGGACAACAGGCGAGUUAUUCGUCAUCUGUUCAUCAUCAUAAUACAAGUCAUCAUCCAUUUGUUGGUCCAUUUCUACUGCCGCCGCCAGGUUCAACGAAUUAUUUAAGUAAAAUGUUGUGACAAGAGA